AUGACACCUCGCGCCCGACCGGCUGGACCUGACGAGAGAGAGGGUCAGAUCGAGAGCGAUUACAGCUCCGCCGUCAGCGAGAUAUUCUCGGAUAACGACUCUGAUAACAACUCCAACAGCGACCUGGAAUGGAUCUCGGACUCAGAGGAGACGGUUGGUUUCCUCUAUGGGUUCUUCGCGUGGCGGUGCGACAUUCGACGCGGUAAGAAGGGACGACACUGCCCGGUGAUCAAAUAUAAAAGCUCGUUAGAGUCAUUCUGGAAGUCGUGGCAUCUGGUCCUGAAGCAGGAGACCGCGGUGGGUUUGAGUAAGGAGAUCCAGGUGAAGGUGCAAGAUGCCAUUGCUAUAGUGGCCGAGGAGAAAGGCUUAGAACUCAUGCAGCAAAUGUAG